UCCUCUGUCCCGGCCGUUUCACUCUCUCUCUCUCAAUCACCUGUUGGUCUUUCUCUCUUAACUCUUCUUUUUAAGCUUGGUUGAUCAUAUCAUCAAUGCCCCCAUAAACCCUAGAACAAAACCAUUUAGCCAAAAGUAACUUAAAGUUUCAGGUUCCCUCACUUUUUCUCUCAUUGUUCUCCCCAAAAGAAAACAAAAAACAACAAUGAAGAAAUCCCAUGUUUUGGGUUGUCUUCUUUUUGGGUUUCUUUCAGUCCUUUUUUUCUUCACUUUACCGGUCUCUUCUCAAUCCAGUCCUGACUCUUCAGUCAUGGAAAAGCUAAAAACAAGCCUCAAGAUCCCAUCUUCCCUUAACUGGUCUGACCAUGACCCUUGCCUAUGGGCCAAUGUUGCCUGUGAAAACAGCCGUAUCACCAGGAUCCAAAUUCCCAGCAAAAACGUUGGUGGAACCCUUCCUCCUGAUCUCAAGAACCUGUCUCAUCUUACCACCUUUGAAGUCAUGAACAACAAAAUCAGUGGUCCAAUCCCAAGCCUUGCUGGGUUAAGCCAGUUGGAAGAAGCUAACUUUCACGACAACAAUUUCUCAUCUUUUCCUUCAGAUUUCUUCAUUGGCUUAACUUCAUUGAAUUCUGUUUAUCUUGACGACAACCCUUUCGAACCGUGGGAGAUUCCAGAGAGCGUAAAGGAGGCAACUUCUUUGAAAACUUUCUCUGCUAACAAGGCUAAUCUUAAAGGGAGAUUUCCAGAUUUGUUUGACCCUACUACUUUUCCAACAUUGAUAGAACUGCAUUUGGCUAUGAACAAUCUUGAAGGAGAAUUGCCUGCCGAGUAUGCGGGUUCUAUGAUUCAGUCUUUGUGGCUUAAUGGGCAGGGUUUGAAUGGGACAAUUGAAGUGAUACAGAACAUGUCUUCUUUGACAGAGGUAUGGUUGCACGAUAACCAGUUUUCUGGUCCUUUACCUGAUUUUUCAGUGUUAACUCAGUUGAGGAAUUUGAGUUUGAGAGAUAAUCACUUCACUGGUGUUGUUCCUUUGUCUUUGCUUAAUUUAAAGUCACUUUAUAUUGUGAAUUUGACUAAUAAUGAACUUCAAGGGCCAACCCCUAAAUUUGCUGACAAUGUAAUUGUGGAUAUGAAGGCUGGUAGUAAUAGAUUUUGCUUGGAUGAUCCUGGUGCUGCUUGCGAUGAGCGUGUCAAUAACUUGUUAUCUAUCAUGGAAGCUGUUGCUUAUCCAGUGAAUUUUGCUGAUAAUUGGAAAGGGAAUGAUCCGUGUAAUAAUUGGCUAGGUAUUUCAUGUGCUCAAGGAAACAUUGUGUCCAUUCUUUUUGCGAAAAAGGGGCUUAGUGGUACAAUUUCUAGUAAUUUUGCUAAGCUUACUUCGUUGACAACUUUGGAUCUUUCGGGUAAUAAUCUUACUGGCACAAUACCAACAUUGCUCACUACAUUGCCAAAGCUCAAUCGAUUAGAUGUUUCGAACAAUAGGCUCUAUGGAAAAAUACCAUCUUUUAGGCAAAAUGUUGCUAUAAAAACUGAUGGUAACCCUGAUAUUGGAACAGAAAGGUCUCCUCCACCGGAAGGCAGGUCACCUGGUGGAUCUCCUGGUGAUGGGCGUGCUGGUAGUUCUUCUGGGAAUGGUCAAAAGAAAUCCAAUACAGGAACGGUUUUGGGUUCUGUAAUUGGUGUGGUUGGUGGCUUGGGUCUUCUUGUUUUGGGUAUCUGUUUGUAUGCUAGAAAAGGAAAGCGUACCAAUAGGGUACAGAGUCCAACUACGGUAGUCAUACAUCCUCAUCAUUCUGGUGACCAAAAUGGAGUUAAGAUCACUGUCGCUGGACCGAGUGUCACGGGUGGAAGUGAAACUUUCAGCCACACGAGCAGUGGACCUAGUGAUGUUCACAUGGUUGAAGCUGGUAACAUGGUAAUCUCAAUUCAAGUUUUGAGGAAUGUGACAAAUAAUUUCAGUGAGGAAAAUGUAUUAGGAAAAGGUGGUUUUGGUACAGUUUACAAAGGUGAAUUGCAUGAUGGUACAAAGAUUGCAGUGAAAAGGAUGGAGUCUGGUGUUGUAAGUGAGAAGGGUUUAGCCGAGUUUAAGUCAGAGAUUGCAGUUCUUACUAAGGUUCGUCACCGCCAUUUAGUCACACUUCUUGGAUAUUGCUUGGAUGGAAAUGAGAGGCUUCUUGUUUAUGAAUACAUGCCUCAAGGGACUCUUAGUAGGCACCUAUUCAACUGGAAGGAUGAAGGGUUGAAACCACUUGAAUGGACUAGACGACUUACAAUUGCCCUGGAUGUGGCUCGAGGUGUUGAGUAUCUACAUGGUCUGGCACAACAGAGUUUCAUUCAUCGUGAUCUUAAGCCAUCUAAUAUUCUUCUGGGAGAUGAUAUGCGUGCCAAAGUUGCAGAUUUUGGCUUGGUUCGUCUAGCUCCUAUUGACGGUAAACAGUCAAUUGAAACAAGACUUGCAGGAACGUUUGGGUAUUUGGCACCAGAGUAUGCUGUUACUGGACGAGUGACCACAAAGGUGGAUGUAUUUAGCUUUGGUGUGAUCCUCAUGGAAUUGAUCUCAGGCCGAAAGGCACUUGAUGAAACUCAGCCUGAGGAGAGUUUGCACCUUGUGACAUGGUUCCGUAGGAUGUACGUAAACAAGGACACAUUCCGAAAGGCUAUCGACAAAACCAUUCAGCUUGAUGAAGAAACACUUGCCAGUAUUAGCAGAGUUUCUGAGUUGGCUGGCCACUGCUGUGCAAGGGAGCCCUAUCAGAGGCCAGAUAUGAGUCAUGUGGUGAAUGUGCUGUCAUCACUAGCAGAGCUCUGGAAACCGGCAGAACCAGAUUCUGAUGACAUAUUUGGCAUUGACCUUGAAUUGACUUUACCACAAGCAUUGAAAAAGUGGCAAGCAUUUGAAGAAAAUAGCAAUUUGGAUGACUCUUCAUCAUUUCUGGCCAGUACAGACACUACACAGACCAGUAUUCCAUGCCGGCCAUCUGGGUUUGCGGAUUCAUUUGCAGAUGCUCGAUGAAAGAGAUAAACAACAAGGCAAGUUCUAGAGUCAAUCGAUGGUUCUAAGACUUCCUUCUACUUGUUCAUUCCUCGUUGUAAGGUUUGCUUUCAUCUGCUAUAUUUUGUUGGAGAUGAUUUCUUUCUCCCCUUUAUUACUGUAGUUUGAACAGUUUAAAAUUUUAUGAUGUAGAAGUUUCAAAAUGCGAUCACGAAGUGGCAGAUCUUGGAUGCCUUCUUAUUUUGGGAUACAUUGGUGCCAUGUUGAUACUGAUUAGGACAAUGAUUAAAUUAUGGUUGGUUAGGACACUGCUUCAUUAACCUUUUCAUGUGAUAUCUAUACAAUUCAGAUUAAAUUAUCUGAAUUUGAAUAAUUCAAUUGGUAGCUGUCCUUGUCAUUUUUAUAACAUUAUGUUUUUUCCCACAUGCUGCAAUGAAGUAAAACUCAAGCAUUUUCUUGCAUGGUUAUCUCUGCAACGAAGGGGAGGGAGUUUGAAAGUACUUGUUUGGUUUAUUACAUUGGAUUCAUUUACUUUAGCCACAUGCCAAAAGGAAAGUGGCUUUAUGAUCAACUUUUUAUAUGAAGCCCCGCUCUCUUUAUUAAGCCAU